AUGGGACCAUCCAGGGAGCUGCCAAGUGUUUUGCUUGUGAGGAAGAUGAGAAAAGGUCAUGGCCUUGGAAGAAGAAAAAAGGAAGAAAAAGGACAAGAAGACGGCGACAGUGAAAAUGACAUCGCAAAAGCUGAAGAGUUCAAAGACGAAGAGCAGGAGGAGGAAGAAGAACAAGAUCAAGAACCUGCUGAAUUCCAACCUGACGAACAACAGUGGUGUUUCGUCAAAGGCGCUGCCGAUUCCCUCAAUUCCAAUGCCAUUAUCAUGAAGUCAAUUUCGACGGGAUUGAAUUUGGGCAUUGACGAUGAUGGUCAGAUAAAGUUUGGGGACGACGAUGCUCCUCCACGAAAACUCUAUUGGUCCAUUGAUUGCGUGGCGGGUGAACUGUGCUUCCUGUCGAAUGAAUCCUCGUUUGAAGUCACAAGCCCGAUGUGA